AUGUUUAUUAUCAAUUGGUUCUGGGACAUUUUGGCUCAGCUGGGUCUGACUCACAAGAAUGCCAAGAUUCUUUUCCUUGGACUUGAUAAUGCCGGAAAGACUACGCUGUUGCAUAUGCUGAAGAACGACCGCCUCGCAACACUACAGCCCACACUUCACCCAACUUCGGAAGAGUUGGCAAUUGGGCUUGUCAAGUUCACUACGUACGAUUUGGGUGGUCACCAGCAGGCUCGUCGUCUUUGGAAGGACUACUUCCCUGAGGUCGACGGCAUUGUCUUCCUCGUCGACUCACAGGACGUAGAGCGCUUCCCCGAGGCCCGUGCAGAGCUUGACUCGCUUCUUUCGAUUGAGGAGCUGAGCAAGGUGCCUUUCUUGGUCCUUGGUAACAAGAUUGAUGCUCCUGGCGCCGUUUCUGAAGAGGAGCUGCGUCAAUCGCUCGGCCUGUUCCAGACGACAGGCAAGGGCUCUGUCCCGCUCAAGGAUGUUCGUCCUAUUGAAUUGUUCAUGUGCUCGGUUGUGAUGCGCCAAGGCUAUGGUGACGGCUUCCGGUGGCUUUCUAACUACAUGCAACUGACAGAUCUAACAACGACGCGACCAGUCGUUAUCAUGAGCAUAUUGUUUGUGGGCCGAAAUCCUACCGCGCUCACUUCCAUGUCGCGUGAGUCGAGCACGUUACGUUGCAUGUGGAUUGAGUAA